AUGUCCCUCUCCAACUCCCAACCGGUCGUACCGAUCGACUGGAACACCAUCAAACUACAAACCUUGGUCCAAACAAACAAACUCAUCACCGUCGAAUCGUCACUCUCCAUCGAAGAGGCCUUCAACACCCUGAUCAAAUACAACCUCACUUCCUUGCCAGUGCGUCUGUCACACUCGCCCCAAACACCAAUUGCCGACCAAUAUCUCGCUUUCAAUUACAACGACUUGAACUCAUACCUCUUGUUGGCCCUGAACAAGGUCUCUGUCGCAGACCCCACCAUCACUGCAGACUGUCAAAACGGCAAACCAGUCAAAGUCGGCGACUUCAUCACCGUCGCGGAAAACAAAUUGAAAUUCUCCACCUUGGACCUCAACGACUCUCUCGACAUGGCAAUCGAUAUCCUCGGCAAAGGUAUCCAUAGACUGGCCAUCCUAGAUACCCCAAACAACACCAUCCUCGGCAUUCUGUCUCAAAGAAGACUGAUCAAAUAUAUCUGGGACAAUGCAAGACUUUUCAAAAACAUCCAACCCAUCUUGAACAAAUCUCUAAGAGAAUUGCAAAUAGGCAAUUACAACACCCAGAAUUUCAAAAUACAACAGAGCAGAGUCAUCUCCAUCAAUGGCGACGAGCCUCUAAUAAAGGCUCUUUUCAAAAUGCAUCACGAAAAAAUCUCCUCCAUCGCCGUUGUCGAUAAUCAAUUCAAUCUGUUGGGCAACAUUUCCGUCACAGACGUCAAACAUGUCACCAGAACCUCUCAAUACCCUCUCCUCCACAAGAAUUGCCGUCAUUUCAUCUCCAUAAUAUUAAAUUCCAGAGGCUUGGAAAAUGGCAAAGACUCGUUCCCCAUUUUCCACGUCUACCCUUCAAGUUCCCUAGCAAGAACUUUGGCAAAGCUUGUUGCCACGAAAUCUCACAGAUUAUGGAUUGUUCAACAACCUUCCGCCUCCAUAGACUCUGCAACUUCCUCCACAAGUUCUUCCACAACCACUUUGGAUCAAGAUUUUACCGGGUUAUAUGAAAAGGAAUAUAGAACAGGGAAAUUAAUCGGUGUCGUCAGUUUGACUGAUAUUUUAUUUGUCUUGGCAAAACAAAAUACAAACAGCGCCACCAACUAA